AUGGACCCUUGUGCGUCUAACAAAUCUCCACCAUUCAAAAGGCAAAGGAAAAUCCCAAAGCAGUCACCCAGCAAGAGCCCCAUCAUAGAAGCCUUUCUAAGGAGUAAAGAGAAACAAGCAAUUGUAAGAAAUGUGCAGACUUUUUGUGCAAAAUGUGGCAUGAAUGUACUAUCUCCUAAGGUGGUGAUUGAGAGACUAACAUUACCCAAGAGCACAGUGGUUAAUUUAAAAGAAGGGUUUAAAAAAUUCUCUAUCAGUGCAGAGGCUGUCACUCAAAGCCCGUCCUCCUUAAAGAGUUGUGUACAGUCUAGAAAUGAAAGACCGCUAUCAGUUUCUGAAAAAUCUCACUUUAAUCAGCAGUUUUUCGAUGAAAGGAGCCAAACCCCGGUAAGUGGACAAAGAGGUCACGGUCCUCAGCAACCGUUUUUCUUAGUAGACUCCUGGGCAUCCCGUAACAGGUCCCACGGAGGAAUAACAAAGAAGAAAAACACUCAUCAGGCCGUUAGUCUGAGGAAAGCAGAGAAACAUGAAUUACUUUCAAAGGUGAAUGGAACAUCCCCAAGUAGUAGAGCAACUUCAAAUGGCACAGCUACUUUAGAUGGCUGCAUUAAGGUGGCCAUCUUUAAUAAGGUUCAUGACGUGGCAGCCAUCUUUAACAUGGGCAAGGCACACGGCAAGCUGCUGCAAACUCCUCCAGAAGUCAGGCACUCAGUCUUUGACCAAGUGUCUGACUCGGUGAAUACAUUUCCACUCGCCCCCACGCAUUUUUCACUCGCCAAUUGCAAGGGACCUACUACUUCAGAAUCCAAGAUCUUUAAUUGCUCUACACCGGACACUUCUGUUAACGGCUCCAAAAAGCUCUCGCACCGAUUUCGCCGGGAUAGUGUGGACAGUGACGAAUCAUUUCAUACUUUUUCAUUAAGCGCUGAUGAUGAUGAUGAUGAUGAUGAAGAAGAAGAAGAGGAGACACUCAAACCUCUUGAUGAAAUUAUGCAAAUUGCAGCACAGCCUGUAAAUGACAGAUUAAAGCAACUUUUAAAAACUCCUUGUUAUGAUAACAAUCUGGAGCUUCUAGUAAAAGAGAAAAAGGCGAGUGAAAGAAUCGAUGCGAUAGAGAAGCAGCUUCACAAAGACCUAGAGAGAGGACAGGGAGUGGCUGAUGAAGAAAGGAACGGUGACCAGGAUGGAGAACUUACAGAUGAGCACAGGGACAUAUUGAAGAAAUUUUCAGUUGUCUCAAAUGCAAUACCAGAUUACCAUCCAGGAGAGGAGAUCUUCCAUUUGUCUAAAUCGGGAGCAAUCUUCAACAUUUCAACUCUUAACUUGCAACAUUUACAAUUCACUGCUGGCAGCUCUGAAGAAAUGAUCAUAUUCAGACCUGGAAACCAGCUUAUGUUGGCCACAGAAGGCUUUCUAACCACUUUGUAUCAGUUUAGGAAAUGCCCUGAGAUUCUAAUGAAAUGGAUGUUUCAGAUGGUUUCGGUUCAUCCUUCCUAUGCCACAUCCAUUAAACUUUUACACACCUUGAUUGAAAUUACAUGCAACCAUCUUACACAUCUGGAAGAAAAGCCUUGGGUUCCAACUAUUCUGGACAUAGUGACUGUGUUUACCAACAUGGGGAUUGAGUUCAAAACUCUCUUUCCUCUUCCACAUAUUCAGCCUGGUUUCAGUGACAUUGACCUAAAAUCUGCAGUGCCCGGAUCAGUGUCAGAGGAACAGGGAUCUUUGUGCACAGAACAAAUUUUUUCUUGCGUUCCAGAAUUUCAGAUAGCUCAUGUAAUAAAGUUCUUAGGCUUGUGUACAGCAGUCUACAAGGAAAGUUACCUUGACCUGGAAAUCCUUGCACUGUUGGUGAUGCUCUUAAAAAUACAUCUGGAAAAAGAAAUGAAGGAUAUUCCUGUGAUGGACUUGCAUUGUCUCAUAGCAAAUCUCCUUCAAAACAUCGAGGACUGGGUAAAUGUUAUGCCAGAACUGUGCUUUGCUAUGAGCGAACUCUCCAAUCACCAUCAUAACUUCCUAAAGCUGCUGCAGCUCGUUCCUACAUUUGAGUUUCGUGGCAGAGAAAUAAGAAGACACGUCAGCCUUAUAUUUAUAUCGAAUAUCCGGAAGGGGCACUGCACAGAUAUUCCUCUGGAUUACGAGUCUCGGAUGCUGCUGUUGUGUAAAUGUUUGUCCCAAAUGAAGCCAUCCUCUCUGGUGAAGAAGAUGCAGACAAUUCCAGACUAUCAGUCAAAGACAUUGGCGGACUUGGAUCAGGAGGCAUAUUAUUUGACUUUCACUCUUUUACAUUUGGUCAACGAUGCAAGCAGCUCUGAUGAACCUCUUUCCAUUCAGAGAAAAUACCUCCUGAAAUUAUGCACUGAGUUAGAGAAGCACAUCAAGAGUGAUAUCCGUGAGGAUGCAAGGUUUUUCUACAGAACAAAGGUAAAGGAUCUAGUUGCAAGAAUACAUGGCAGAUGGCAAGAAUUGCUGCUUUACUCUCGACCUAAUCAGGGGAAACUUCAUGAUUAUUGGCAGCCAGGAUGUGACAGCUCAAGCCCUCCAAGUUCCCAGGAAAGUGUGGAUGAAGAUGUCCAAGGGAAUAUUCUGUCAGACCAUAAAUAAAACAUG